AUGGAGCAGGGGAAUCCCCAGCCCGCGGCGCCUCAGCCGCAGUGGGGCUACGGAUGGGCACCGGCGGCGCCUGCGCCUCGUAGCAAGCGCCCUCACUCGGACAGCGAAGACGACGCCUUCUCUGAGGAAAGCAGUAAAGAUGCAACGUCUCCCGGCGGCGACUCGUGCCAGCUGAUGACGCGGAAACGGCGGCGCGGCGUCAUCGAGAAGAAACGCCGUGACAGGAUCAACACCUCGCUGACGGAGCUGAAGAGGCUGGUGCCCGCAGCCUGCGAGAAGCAGGGCAGCGCCAAGCUGGAGAAGGCGGAGAUACUGCAGCUAACCGUCGACCACCUCAAGAUGCUGCACGCCAAAGGUGAGCUCGGUUUGGUUUCGUUGCUCGAGAUAACUGCAACUGCAGCUAACUGCAAUUCAUCUCAAGAUGCCACAUGCCGAAGUUACCGCGACCACAAACUACCCGCCACCGUCCAGGUAGGAGGCUUCCACCUGGCGCCCUCCGGCGGCAAAAAACAGGAAGCGGCCACUGGCGCCCAUCGCUCGGCUAUC